AUGACGUCCUUACAUAGCAGCUGCCUCUCCCUUGCUGCUGAGAAGGAACGGCGCUGCAGACCGCCCCAAGAGCAUCGCAUAAGACUUAAGCAGCAGCGGCAGCAACAGCAGCAGCAGCAGAGGCGCCACAGGUCAGUGGCUGCUGGAGGCCUGCUGCGGUGUUGUAGCCUGCAGUGCCAGCAGCAGCAGCGGCAGCAGCAGCAAAAACAGCAGCAGGUGCGAGUGCAGCCCCACCGGCCAAGGGAACACAAAGAUGCAGCAGAUGCAGCAUUUAUAGGUUUAAGGGUUCCGCAGGCAGCUGCUGGUGCAGCAGCAUCGGCAGCAGCAGCAGCAGCAGCAGCAGCCACUGCCGCUGCAGCUGCCGGCCCAUCGCCGAGUUGCAGCCGUUCUGCUGCUGCUGCGCGUAUCGGCUUCACCGCCUUCCCAGCAGCAGCAGCAGCAGCAGCACCAACUGUAGCAACGACAGCAGCAGCUACAGCAGCAGCAGCACGACACCCACCUCGUUUACUCUGCGGCAAUUCGGCCAUCAACGGGAGCAGCAGCAGGAGCAGCAGCAGGAGCAGGAGCAGCAGCUGCAGCAGCAGCAACAGCAACAGGAGCCCCCUGCUCUGUAGCUCUCGUGAUUAUUAUAAGGGUUUUGCUUCUCUUUCAUAUCAGCACAGGCCAUCAAGCCUCACGGCAGCAGCAGCAGCAGCGAGAGCAGCAGCGGCAGCAGCAGGGAAGGCAACGGCAGCAAAAACUGCAGCAGGAAAAGCAGCAGCAGCAAAAGCAGUAGCAGCAAACCCCAAACUGAGGACGCGGCCACCCUCACGCAGCGCAGCAGAAGGAAAUAUCCUGAAGCCGAGGGCAGCAGCAGCAGCUCCUGCAGCAGGCCGUGCAACAACAACUGCAGCAGCACCAGCGCAUGCAGCUGCAGCAGCAGCACGAGGAGCAGCCGCAGCAGCAACGGCAACUGGCGCAGCAGAAGCUGAAGCAGCCGGCGCGCGUGAAGCGGCUGCAGGAACACCAGCAGCAGCUGCAGCAGAUGCCGCAGCAACAGCAGAAGCAGAAGCAGCAGAAGCUGCAGCAGCAGCAGCAGCAGCAGAAGCUGCAGCAGCAGUGGCAGCAGCAGAAGCACCUCAAGCAGCAGCCUACGGAGCCCGCAGCUAUCGCCUUGUGCUGCUGAUGAGCGGCCAGCUGAGUGUAGUCGAGACUCAGUGCAUAGUGAGGACAUACUACUUGCAGCUGCUGCGCGCAAAAGCCAGCAGCGUGAGGGUUUACUACCGGGGCCUCCGGGGUUUGUCAACAGCAAUAAAAGGAGAAGCAGCAACACACUUCGUCGAAAUUCUCUGUCACCUUUUUCCUGCUGCUGUUCAUCCUUUCAGAAUGCGGCUGCAGCACGACGCCCACGUCCUCCGGUUCAUGUUUUUGAAUUUGGAAAAGCAAAAAGGAGUGGAUCUUGAGGCCCUAUUAGCUGCUGAGGACUAG